AUGCCGUGUUACGCCCGGUUCCUGCUUUUACUUUUGUGUUUGAUCGUAAUCGUGGAGUGCCGGAAACACAAAAGUAGGAAAAAGCGCUGGUCCGCGCCGGCGGAGACUCACAAGCCUGGAAACCCUCUGUCAAAGAAGGUAUCAGAUGGAACCAAAACCCGAAAGGUGAAGACCAGCCACCUGCUGCGUAUCGACGAACAUGACUUCACCAUGAGGCCGGCGUUUGCAGGUCCUGCUGUCCCUGUUGGAGUGGACGUUCAGGUGGAGAGCUUAGACAGCAUAUCAGAGGUGGACAUGGACUUUACCAUGACCCUGUAUCUGAGGCACUACUGGAAGGACGAGAGGCUGGCCUUUCCAAGCGCCACCAACAAGAGCAUGACCUUCGACGGGCGCCUGGUGAAGAAAAUCUGGGUGCCCGAUGUCUUCUUUGUCCACUCCAAGAGGUCCUUCAUCCAUGACACCACCACUGACAACAUCAUGCUGAGGGUCUUCCCAGAUGGUCACGUUCUGUACAGCCUGAGGGUUACAGUUACGGCUGCUUGCAACAUGGACUUCAGUCGAUUCCCUCUGGACUCGCAGACGUGCACGCUAGAGCUGGAGAGCUAUGCGUACACCGACGAGGACCUGAUGCUGUACUGGAAAAGCGGCGAUGAGUCUCUGAGCACCGACGAUAGGAUUUCACUGUCUCAGUUCCUCAUCCAGAAGUUUCACACUACCUCCAGACUGGCUUUCUACAGCAGCACAGGCUGGUACAACCGUCUGUACAUCAACUUCACUCUGCGGCGUCACAUCUUCUUCUUCCUGCUGCAGACCUACUUCCCUGCCACGCUGAUGGUCAUGCUGUCCUGGGUGUCCUUCUGGAUCGACCGCAGGGCCGUCCCUGCCAGAGUCUCAUUAGGUAUAACUACGGUGCUCACCAUGUCCACCAUCAUCACUGGAGUCAACGCCUCCAUGCCCAGAGUCUCCUACAUCAAAGCUGUAGAUAUUUACCUAUGGGUCAGUUUUGUCUUCGUCUUCCUGUCUGUGCUUGAAUAUGCUGCCGUCAACUACCUGACGACGGUGAGGGACGGGAAAGACCGUAAGCUCCGAGAAAAAGUCCGGGAACAGUCCCAGAACCUCCCCUGCACCUGCGGCAUGUCUCACACCAAGACCAUGAUGCUGGAUGGGACGUACAGCGAGGCGGACGCCAACAGCCUGGCGGGGUACACCAGAGCCUCCAUGGCAGCUGAGGACGCUUCAGAAAAACCAGAGCGGAUGGUGGUGCACCUCUCCCUGGACAAUGAGUCCACAGGGGCCAAAAAGAAGGGCCUCCGUGGCUUCCGGAUCAUCCAGAACACCCACGCCAUCGACACGUACUCUCGCAUGAUCUUCCCUGGCGCCUACAUCCUUUUUAACCUGAUCUACUGGUGUGUGUACUGCUGA